AUGUUGCAGCCGUUCAGGCAUGGAAUUGCUGGAGGUGGUUUCCGACAGAAAGCCUUGACAAAGCUAACAGCUAUGAACUUGCUGCUUGGAUAUCCUGUACUACAGAGUUUACACAUAAAAGUUGGAGACAAAGCUGAACUUAGCAAAGCUUUUACACAGAAUGAUGUUGUUACUUUUUCUGAUUUAACCGGUGACACAAAUCCUUUACAUUUGAAUGAAGAUUUUGCAAAGAAAUCUAGGUUUGGGAGAACUAUUGUACAUGGAGUUCUCAUCAAUGGACUUAUUUCUGCAGUUCUGGGUACUAAAAUGCCUGGUCAAGGUUGUAUAUUUCUUUCUCAGGAGAUCCGAUUUCCAGCUCCUUUGUAUACUGGUGAAGAAGUUGUAGCUGCAGCAGAAGUUAAACGACUGAAGGGUUCUAUUGCACACAUUUCAGUAUCAUGUAAAGCCAAAGAAAGUGGAAGAACUGUUAUGGAAGGGAUGGUGAAAGUCAUGGUGCCAGACAAUUAGAGCUGUUGAUCCUGUGCUGCUUUACUAUA